CCGGAACAGCUUCCCCCACCUUGCUCCCUCUCCACUACCAUCUUCUCCGCACACUCCUAACAAUUAUCGCAAUGUCACAGGUCAUCGUCGUUGGAGGUGGCCUUGCUGGUCUCUCUGCAGCUCACACCCUUCUUGAGCGUGGUGCUAAUGUACUACUACUUGACAAGCAAGGAUUCAUGGGUGGAAACUCCACCAAGGCCACUUCUGGUAUCAACGGUGCUGGUACCCAGACGCAGCAGGAGGCUGGUAUUCCAGAUAACGCAAAGAUUUUCUUCGAGGACACGAAGAAAUCUGCUCGUGAACUCGCUCGCGAUGACCUUAUCCGUGUGUUGACUGGCCGCUCAGGCGAUGCUGUUAACUGGCUACAGGACAAAUUCGGCCUGGACCUCUCAAAGGUCGCGCGGUUAGGAGGCCAUAGCCAGCCUCGUACACACAGAGGGAAUGCACAAUUCCCUGGUAUGGUUAUUACUUACGCACAAAUGGAGCGCCUGGAGGAUUUGGCAGUGAGCCAGCCAGACCGCGUGAAGAUUUACAAGAAGUCCCGCGUCACGAAGCUUCUCAAAGACGAGUCUGGCGCAGUUACGGGUGUUGAGUAUGUCCGCAAUGGCAAGACAGAAACUGCAUACGGCCCCGUCGUCCUCGCUACUGGUGGUUAUGCCGCCGAUUUCACUGGCGGUGACUCUCUACUGAAGAAGCACCGUCCUGAAUACUAUGAUCUCCCGACGACGAAUGGUGACCACUGCACAGGUGAUGGUCAGAAGAUUGCCAUGGCUAUUGGUGCGAGUGCGAUCGACCUCGAAAAAGUGCAAGUGCACCCGACGGGUCUUGUUGACCCUAACGAGCCCGACGCGAAAGUGAAGUUCUUGGCUGCAGAGGCUCUUCGUGGAGUUGGCGGUUUACUUCUUGACAAGAACGGCGACCGUUUCGUCGAUGAGCUUCAACAUCGCGAUUACGUCACUGGCAAGAUUUGGGAGAACGGCAAGUAUCCCAUUCGCUUGAUCCUUAACGGGCAGGCUUCAAGCGAGAUCGAAUGGCACUGCAAGCACUAUGUCGGUCGUGGUCUCAUGAAGCGUUUCGAUUCUGGCGAGGCUCUUGCUAAAGAGAUGGGCAUCAAGCCUGAAUAUCUUAAGAAGACUUUCGACACGUAUAAUGCAGGUGUCAAGGCAAAGAAGGAUCCAUUUGGAAAGAAGUACUUCUCAUCAGGAGAGUGGAGCAUGAACGACUACUUCAACGUCGCAAUUAUGACCCCUGAUGGCAAACCCAUCUCUGGUCUCUUCGCUUCUGGUGAGGUUGCUGGUGGUGUACACGGUGCCAACCGUCCUUGGUGGUUCACGACUAGCGCCAUCGUAGAGAAGGCAGGCGGACGUCUUGGUGCACUCGUAGGACAGUUCGAGUCGAAGCCUGCUACUUCAUCUGCAUCUACACAGCCUGCUGCCACGAGUGAUGUUGCUAAGCACAACAAGAAGGACGACAUCUGGGUCAUUGUUAAUGGCCAGGUGCUGGACGUCACAUCCUUCUUGCCUGAUCACCCGGGAGGCGAGAAAGCUAUCAUUCUCUACGCUGGUCGUGACGCGACUGAAGAGUUCAACAUGCUCCAUGACCCGAAGGUGAUUCCAAGAUAUGCACCGGACGCUGUCAUUGGCACACUGAAGAAGUAGGGAUAAAUGGCGCUACGACUCCGCUCAGAAAAAGUAGAGGAACUAUAUCUGUCAUCUUUCUUCAACAUCGCAUAUCUCUUUUUCCCAUGUCUCUACUUGGUUGCUGUAAUCCAGUGUAUUCUAAUGUUGUGUUCUCUUCAUACCAUCUUUAACUGACCGAUCCAUGAGGCCAACACGAGGCCGUGGCUGUUGCAAAGUUUGAAUACCAAAUGCUGAAUUGUUUCUUGACUACGCCUGUGUAACGCCUCCGCCAUAACAAGCUUG